AUGACCUUACCUGACGUUGUUGCGCUCGAUGCAGCAAACCCCUCACAAGAUGUUCGGAAUAUCGAACAUCAGGACCAGAACUCUGAUGGAGUUUCCAUGACUAACGAAGACGAUCGUGACCUCCUGAAGCUUGGCUAUCGCUCUGUCUUGGCUCGAGGAUGGGGCUCGUUCGACAAUUUCGCCUGCUCCUUCUCGGCCUUGAAUUGCGUUGGAGGAAUACGUGUGCUUUUCUAUAUCGCCCUUAGUGGAGGUGGGCCGGCUGCCAUGUAUGUUCUACGUUUCCCGCCGGGUGCGGUUUCCCGCGGCAUUGAUCACAUCACUAACAACUCUCUCAGCUGGAGCUCCUGGGUCUCCGGUAGCAUACUGUCUGUCAUCACGGCCGCCUGUCUCGCCGAAGCUUGUUCAAGCUAUCCCGCCGCGGGGUCAAUUUACUACUGGGCCUUCCGAUCCUGGGGAGGCGGUAAAGUCGGCCGCUUCAUCUCCUUCCUCGUUGCCGCAUGGACAUUGGUUGCGUGGACCGCCUUCCUCGCGAGUGACUCGUUCGGUGUCGCCAACUACCUGAUUUCCGAGAUCGUUGUGUUUGACCCGAAGACCAGCUUCCCAUAUGAAACCGCCGACGUCCGAGCGCGCGCUGUGGCAUGGGCUAUCUCGCUUCUUUUCCUGGCGAUCGCUACGUCGCUGAAUUUCCUACCCCCGCGCAUGUACUCCUGGGUCUUUCGAGCGGGUGUGACGGUUAUCAUCAUCGACAUGCUGCUCAACUUCAUCUGGCUUCCCAUCGGCGUGUCUAAGACAUACGGAUUCCAGUCGGCCGAAUACGUGUUUACGUCUACAUACAAUGGUGGGGAAACCAGUCCCGGGCUGAACUGGGUUCUGUCCUGGUACAUGGUCGGCAGUUGUCUUGUAGGACAGGAUGCUUCGGGCCAUGUCGCAGAAGAGACCGUCUCGGCCAAGAAAGCCGCCGCGAAGGGUAUCUUUUGGGCAACCGUUGCGUCUGCGCUGUGCGGCUUCCCGAUCAUUAUCUUGUUUCUCUUCUGCAUGCCUCCGAUUGAGACGUUCUACAACACUAGCGCGCCCCAGCCGUUCAUCAACAUGUACGCGAUGGCGCUUGGUCCACAUGCACACGUUGUGCUGACCAUUGUCUCGAUGAUUGGAGCAAUCCUUAACACUUCGAUUUCUUUGGUUGCUGUAUCACGCCUUGUAUUCGCCGUGGCACGCGACGGCGUUUUCCCAUUCAGUGACGUGCUCUCGCGUGUGUCAAAGUCGAAGCAGCCUCACAACGCUGUCAUCUUCAUUUCCUCUAUUGCCGCGCUUCUACUCUGCACUCAGCUCCCAUCGCAAGUGGCCUUCUCUAGCUUGGUUUCCACUUCGGCUGCGGGUUCCCUCGCAGCAUACGGUUUGGUUGGAAUCGGCCGCGCUUUCAUCACGCGUAAAUCCUUCCGCCCAGGCUUUUGGGAUUUAGGCCGGUUUGGCGUGGUCGCCGCUGUUGUUACCUUCUUGUGGAACGGGUUCGCUUUUGCUGUUCUUUGCGCCCCGGCCUACUCGGACAGUGCAAUCAACAAGGAUUCCAGCUUGUUCAACUAUGCGAUUGUGAUCAUGGGCGGAGUGACUAUAAUCGCGAUCGCCGAGUGGUGGCGCAAGUCCAACGGUAUCUGGUUUGAGCAUCUCAAAAUUGUUGACUCAGAUACCGAGACAGGGCACUUUGUUGGACAUGAGGAGAAGACGAAUGUCUCCGCCGGUACGACUGCUGUUUGA